AUGUAGUGUCUCUACUUUAAAGAGUCCUCUCCUGCUGAUGUUCAGGUGUAUAUCAGUAUGUAGAGUCUCUACUUUAAAGAGUCCUCUCCUGCUGCUGUGCUAUAUUGUCAUGCUGUCAAGGGAGCAUUAAGCUUAUCUCGGAGGAAUUCUCAACUCACCUGACAGGUAUUACCAACACGUUUGCAAAGGCUGCACUAUAAUAUAAUACAAUUAUAAUAUCACUAGUGCGUAAUUUAAUAAGAUUUCAUGUUUAAUGUCAGCAUGCCAUCCGAGCCCAUACAAGAAAAUAACUGCUGAAAAAUAUGUGAAAGAAAAAGUCAUAUCUGGAGUGAUGCUUUGUUUUCACUUGAAACUCCAAGGAAAACCUGUCUGAUCAGUGAAGCUCGUAUCACCCCACCCUGCAGGGAGAGGCAUGAGCUUCAGUAAAAUGGGUCGACGUGCCAAACUGAGAAUCCUGUCAUGUUUAAACAAUGAAAUCAUGCCCUGAUGACUUACUUUUGUAGAUCACCUAGAAGUUAAUUAAAGAACUCUUGGACCAAUUUUUGGAUUAUUGCAGAAAAUAAUCCCUGUGUCAAACAAACAUUUAUGAUUUAGGAACUACAGCACGGUCACAUGACUUCACGUCACCACCGCUAAGCUAAAGGAGGCUAAUGUUGGGCUAUAAAGGAACUACAGCACGGUCACAUGACUUCACGUCUCCACCGCUAAGCUAAAGGCGGCUAAUGUUGGGCUAUAAAGGAACUACAGCACGGUCACAUGACUUCACGUCUCCACCGCUAAGCUAAAGGCGGCUAAUGUUGGGCUAUAAAGGAACUACAGCACGGUCACAUGACUUGACCUUGGCUGUUGCAUGCCUGUGACAAACCUUCAUGAACUCUGAUCCUUCUGCAGCAUGCAAGCCAGCUGUUACUACCCACAAUCCUUUGCACGGGGGAUUUAUGAACAAUGAGGUAUACUUUAUGGAAGUGGUAGUAGGUAUGUACUCUGUAAAAGCUGCAGUACUUUGUGCUACAAGUAUGCGAUUUGAAAGGCAGCAAAUUAUCUUUUGUUGAUGCUUUCCUGUUGCACCUGUGGCCUCCCUCCUCCUCCUCCUCCGCCUCUUCCUCCUCCUCCUCCAUUGUUUGUGCUUGUCUGUAGGUGACGUUGACUGACAGGAUUGUGUCUCUGACGAACCUGAAUGCGACUCCAUGGAGACAGCCGUCAGAGAGCAGGUACUCUGAUUGUGUCUCUGUCACUCUGAGGACAAACAAAAAUGCCUUUUGGGAUUAAUCUUUAACCAGGUAAAGUGGCAAAUAUUUAAGCUGUUGUGCUUGGAUCUACUUUCCUCUGGUUUGACUUUUUCUAAGAGGUAAUGCACCCUCAAACCUGUUAAUGUAAACCGGGAGAAUGAGAAACCUCUGGUCUAAUUUCAUCUUCACCUGCGGACUGUUGAUGGGAUUUUUCUCCCUUCAGUUUCUGCUGGACUCAAGUUAUUUAAAAGAGAGAGGCGUACAUUUCGUCCAGCACCAUGACCACGCAGUUAAGAACCAAACCCCAGUGGCUAAACCCAUUCGGAUCUUGUGCUGGGUCAUGACGAUGCCCACCCACUUGGAAUCCCGAGUGCAGCACGUCAGGGCGACCUGGGCGAGGCACUGCGACCGAGUGCUGUACAUGAGCUCCCAGACCACCGACUUCCCCACCGUGGGGCUGAACGUGAGCGAGGGGAGGGAAAACCUGUACUGGAAAACCAUCCGAGCCUUUCAGUACAUCCACCGGCACCACCUGGAUGACGCGGACUGGUACUUGAAGGCGGAUGAUGACACGUUCGUGGUGACGGAUAACCUGCGCCGCACCUUGUCCAAGUUCGAUACGGAGAAGCCGUGGUAUUUGGGACGGCGGUUUCACCCGUUCCUCAAGAAAGGCUACAUGAGCGGAGGAGCCGGCUAUGUCCUCAGUAAGGAAGCGCUGAGGAGGUUCAUCACGGGGUUCCAGACGGGGAAAUGCACCCACUUCUCUGAGAUAGAGGACAUGGCUUUGGGGAAAUGCAUGGAGACGAUGAAGGUGGAGCUGGCAGACACCAGAGAUGAGAAGGGAAGACAGACGUUUCAUCCUUUCCCUCCAAACCAUUACCUGAUCAGGACUCCACCGAGACGACGGCCCUGGUUUUUGAUUUACGACUACUAUACUCCAAUAGAGGGGCCGGGUUGCUGCUCAGACUUUGCCGUGUCCUUUCACUACAUCCGCCCUGAACAGAUGUAUGCCUUGGAGUAUCUGACGCACCAUCUGCGAGCAUACGGAUACAAACACAGAUUUAACCCUGACGAAAACACGGACUCAAACACCACAACUAAGCCACCCCUCCCCCCCCCCCAAAGAAGGAUGAGAUGACGGGAGGUGUAGUUGUUUCUAACUAAAAAAGUUCUUAUUUUAACCGUGAAAGCUGUUGAUGCUGUAUGUUUGAAGUGUGUGUAGGAUUCGAGACACAGUAGGAUCAGCAGGACUGAGAUCUACAGGAGCCAGAAGGGUUGUGUGGUUCAAACUGGGUGGUGCUGCUGUACUGGUGAGGGUUAGGGUCCAUAAAGCGACAACAAAAAGGUGCUGGUGUUUGACCCCGGAAGGACAAAGGGUGUUACAAGUCUCAGUUGAAUACUAGAUUCUGAUUGGUCAUCAUGGACAUUCUAAAGGAUGAGGAGGUCACAGCAACCUGCAGAUAGUCCAGGCCCUUUAACCAUGUCAGCUGAGCGUGGAGUACUUAAUUUAACUCUGGAGACCAGUACACUUCUGGAUUCGACUCAAGAACAAGAAAACAGGAAGCAAUAAGAGGGCUAAAACACGGAGACAUCUACAGAAGAAGACAGACAGGAAGUCAACACGACCGGGUGGCCCCAUUCGAAACCCUACCCACUCCCACUCUGUAGUCUCACUCCAGGCUCCCCUCUUCCAGCUGGGGGGGUGUAGAUACAGCGGCAAGCUUUGGAACACACUCCAGUCUCUCCGGCCCAAACAGGAACCACCUUAACUUUUCCUAACAGCGGUUUCAAAUCAGUUUGACUAAAAACAAAAAGUAAUCAACACAAAUAAAACUCCAACUAUCUUUAAUUGCGUUCCUUUCUCGUGAACGUCUUUUUGAAAAUUAAAAUCUGAUGUUUAUAAGCUGUUUGGUUUUUGCAAGUCUUUAAAUCUACAAAAUGUUACAAUAAACACGAGUAUAUGAUCCUGCAAACAA